AAUCCCAUGGCUAUGGCUUUUUCAUUUUUUCCACUCUACGCUUCCUUUUCUCAUCCAGCUGUUUCUUCCUUCCCUUUUUCCUAUUGGGUUUCUCCCCAUUUUUCUAUACUCCUCAAAUCCCCCUCUCUUUCUCGUUUCACUUUCUUGCUUUCACUCCCCAUUUCCCAAAUUUUUCCCUCUUCUUUCUUCUUCAUCCCUCACAAUUGAUGAUUUGUUUGUUCCCUUCAGUAUGUAAUUGACUGCAAUUUCUCAGGGUGUUGAUUUUGGUAAUGGGUCUGAAUCUGUUUUCCUCUUGGUGAUUGAAUGCUGAAGUUUUCUUUUGACCCACGGUGGUUGAUUUGGGGAAGUUUUUGCUGUUUUGUUUUCUGAUCUAGCCAUCGAAAAUGGAUAUUCUCGGUGACCCAGAUAAGAAUUCUUACCGAAGUCUUGUAGCGGCUGUAUCUUAUGGAAUUGCUUCGAUGGCUAUGGUUUUUCUGAACAAGGCUGUAAUUAUGCAGUACUCACACGCAAUGACCCUUCUUACUCUGCAGCAAAUGGCAACCACAUUGCUCAUUCACUUUGGUUGGAAAAUGGGUUACGCGAAAGCCAAGGGGCUUGAUAUGCAAACAGCUAAGAGAAUUCUUCCUGUCUCCGUGUUCUACAAUGCAAAUGUGGCGUUUGCUCUUGCUAGCUUGAAAGGGGUUAACAUACCAAUGUAUAUCGCCAUUAAAAGACUCACUCCUCUUGCUGUUCUGAUUGCGGGAUUCUUUUCAGGAAAGAGAAGGCCUACGACACAGGUUAUUUUUUCAGUAAUCUUGACUGCUGCUGGGGUCCUUGUUGCUGCAUUGGGAGAUUUUUCAUUUGACCUCAUUGGUUAUAGCAUGGCCUUCACUUCUGUUUUCUUCCAGACUAUGUACCUUGUAUUAGUGGAGAAGUCAGGUGCAGAGGAUGGGCUUUCGUCUAUUGAGAUCAUGUUUUACAACAGCUUUUUGUCCCUUCCAUUUUUGUUGUUUCUGAUUUUAGCUACGGGCGAAUUCCCAAAUUCUUUAUCAUUAUUAUUUGCAAAGAGUAAUUCAUUCUCCUUUUUGGUUCUCUUCCUCCUUUCAUUGGUGAUGGGGAUUGUUCUCAACUUCACAAUGUUCUUAUGUACCAUAGUAAACUCCGCCCUAACAACAACAAUCGUCGGAGUCCUCAAAGGCGUUGGAUCGACGACCCUCGGGUUUGUUAUAUUGGGGGGCGUGGAAGUGCACGCUUUGAAUGUGACAGGCUUGGUUAUCAACACGGCUGGAGGAGUAUGGUAUUCGUAUGCCAAAUAUCAACAAAAGAAGAACAAACCACCAAAGUUAACAUCGACGUAGAGGCUCGCCGUAAGUAAAGUAGUAGUCGUAUAGUAAGAAUUAAAGUUGGUGGCAAAAAAGAUAUCUAGGUUGCAUUUCUGCUUCAUAUUACAGCGUUUGUGAUUCAUUUGUCAAUUAAGAAUAUAGAUAAUUUAAGCAAAGUUUUUGAAUUCGGAAUAAUUUUACUGAAAUUUGCUAUACUUGAGCGUUGAAACUUACAUAAGAA